UCAUGUGACCAACCAGCAUGGCUAGCAUUUUGGAGUACGGUGCUAGUGGUUGUGCAUUCCUUUCGUUCGAAUGACUGGAAGAAGCCUCGGUAUGGAGCUACCGUAAGACGGAGGUGUGCCAUGGGUGCUAGAGACUCGAAGCCUUGUUCAAUUACCAAUGAGGAUGCUUCGAAAAGAGUGACUGAAUCUGAGCUGAAGCGGCUAAGAGAUGCCUUCAAGAGGGCAUCGAACCUUAGUGGCAUCAUCACCAGGCAGGCAUUCAUCAAGGAAGUGCUUGGCGAAUUUGUACCGCUCAAGCUAGCCGAGCACAUCUUCCAGGCAUGUGGUGGCACGAGCAAGGGCAUCACGUUCAAGGACCUACUCUGUGGCCUGGUGCUGCUCACACGAGGCACCCGCGAGGAGCGCAUCCGAUUUAUUUUCAACCUGUAUGCAAACGAAGGAGGCACACACAUCCACAAAAAUGACAUGAUCAAGCUGGUGCUUGCCUGCGAUGGCGGUUUCAUUCCCGAGGCGGUGGCUGACUGCUUUCUAGAGAGUGAGAAAGUGACCUUUGAGGAGUUCCAGGAAUGGCUUGAGCAGCACCCAGAUGCCACCUCCCUCACCAGAUGGCUUCUGAACGAACCAUCAUCGGUGACUCUGUCCAACGAUCUGGAGACGCCCACCUUCUACCAGACGCUGGCUGGAGUUACUCACCUGGAAGAGACGGACAUCAUAGAGCUGGAGAAGCGCUACUGGCAACUCAAGACUCAAUCCCGGACGGGGCGCUUUGACCUUGAAAUGCUCGGGCCACUCAUUUCACCACCUGUGCCUCCUGUUCUUUGCCAAGGGAUAUUCAACGCCUUUGACGAGAACAGGGACAACCACAUCGACUUCAAGGAAAUGGCCUGUGGUGUUUCCGCAUGCUGCAGGGGACCACUCACCGAGAGGCAGAAAUUCUGCUUCAAGGUGUUUGACCAGGACAUGGACGGUAUGCUUUCGCGGGAAGAGGUGGCCAACAUGCUGAAUCUCCUUCUGGUUCUUCACCAGGAAGAAAGAACUGACGAGCUGUUCCACUUGCAAAUGACUCCUGCAAAGACACAUGUGGAGCCAAUGAUUGAAGAAGUGUUUGACAAGCAUGACCCCAGCAAGACCGGUUUCAUUACCCUGGACGAGUACCUUGUAUGGACCGUCGGCAACAACCUUACCAUCAGUUUGCUCAACCUAAUGUUUCAAGUGUGCCAUGUUGUGUUUGGUCUGCGACCAUCUUCAAGGGAGGAGGAAGGCGACAUCGUCAGGAGUUGGCUCAGGAGAGAAGAGCGAAGGGGUCUAAAGCCCGGCCAAAUGCUCUACCUCAUUUCAAUAGACUGGUGGAAGUCAUGGAAUGACUAUGUGGACUGCAAGUUGCAGGCGGCAGGGAGUAGCACCACAUCCUGCGGUGUCAGCGGUGUCAAGGUGACCAGCCGUCUCCAGCGCAAAGUGGAAUCGAGUGUCGCUCGGUCAGCGACCGAUGAUGGAAGCGUUGUGCUGGCCAGUGUCACUAGCCUCGCCACUGACAGCCAUCAUUCGGUUGACCCCGUGAUUGCAUUUGACCCUGCUGCCAACUGCCCCAGUGUGCCAGGCUCACCCAAGUGCCCCCGGUUGUCCUCUGCUCUCCAGUGUCCAGAAUCUUCAUGUCCGUCAUCAUUAAACCCGUCUCCAAGUGUAUCUAGAAAAGUGGUUCCAGCAUUUGUACAGCGACCGCCAUCAAUUGACAACUCUGGUCUUGUUGUCCCCAACAGCGUAAAGGCAGCAGUUCUGACUGGUGAAGGUGGGCGUCUUGUACGUCCACUGACCCGUGGUAGGGACUUCGAGGCUGUGCCAGAGGCAAUAUGGCGGGCGCUGUUCCAGUGGUAUGGAGGCUCACCCGCUCUGCCUAGACAGUGCAUUCGCAGUGGUGGCAGCACACCAGAGCUGGAGCUGUACCCACCAUGCCUACGGCUGUGGCGCCACCAGCAGGCACAGUGUGGACCCCGACAACCGAAUAACAGCAGCUGGACGACGAUGGUUGGAAGUGUAGCAUCGGCCUACGUAGGUGGUGUAGCCCCUGGCCAGCCCAGCACAAGUCCAAAGAGGUACCUGGCUUACCAAGCAUCCUUCAGUAGGACAUCCACUCUGCGCCAGGUGUUUGAUUUUCUCUGCACCAGGCUGCGCCUAAGGCCAGAGGACACGCGUCUCUGGCAGCUGCAAGACGAGAAUAAUCUGUCUCCACUUGAAGAAGAAGGCUUUACGUUGGAGCAGCUUGGCAUUGAAGAUGGAGAACAAAUUCUUAUCGAAGUGAGGAACAAGGACCAGACAUGGCCAGAAGAAAUGUCUUGCAUAAUCAACUCCAAGGUGGACCAAAAGAACCAAGGUCCCACAGAGAAAGGUGCCACAGGCUUGAACAACCUCGGCAACACAUGCUUCAUGAAUGCUGCCCUUCAGUGUGUCAGUAACACACGGCCACUUACUCAGUAUUUUAUCAACGAAAAACACCUCUAUGAACUAAACAGAAUGAACCCAUUAGGAAUGAAAGGGCACAUUGCUAAGCGAUAUGGUGACCUUGUCCACGACCUGUGGAGCGGAACAUCAAAAACUGUUGCCCCUCUCAAACUAAGGUGGACAAUUGGGAAAUACGCACCUAGGUUCAAUGGCUUUCAGCAGCAUGACUCUCAGGAGUUGCUGGCAUUUCUCCUUGAUGGUCUACACGAGGAUCUCAAUAGGGUACAGGAAAAGCCAUACGUCGAACUGAAGGACAGUGCAGGGCGACCAGACGACGAGGUCGCUCGUGAGGCCUGGGAGAACCACGCCCUGCGCAACCGAUCUGUGGUUGUAGACCUGUUUCAUGGCCAGCUUCAGUCUACAGUCACCUGCAAGGUGUGCGGCCACACUAGCGUCCGUUUCGACCCUUUCAACUUCCUUUCGCUGCCACUGCCCAUGGAGAGCUGCGUGCACGUUGAGGUGGUUGUGGUACGACUGGACGGGAGCAUGCCCAUCAGGUAUGGUCUCCAACUGAACCCAGACGAGCGGUACCUGUCGGUGAAGCAGCAGUUGUCUCCCCUUUGUGGGCUGGCCCCACAGCAGCUGCUGCUGGCCGAGGUGUGGGGCGCCGUUGUGCGUGCCCUCCUGCCAGAUGAUCGUCGAGUGCAGGCUAUGACAGGUGGAGUAGCCCUGUACGCUUAUCAGGUGGCGCCACCUCUGGAGAACUUGGGCUUCUGUGAUGACGGCGGCACAUCUACAGUCACACCUCAUGUCCGUGAACCUCAGACACUCACCCAGAUACAGAGGAUGGUGGUUACUUGCGCCAACGGCCCGCACAGCAACAAGCCCAUGGCAAACGGUGUCGUCCCGUCGGGAGAUGGCGGCCUUGGGCUGUGUGGGUCACCCAUGGACAUUGGCAAUGCAUUGGCAGGUGCUGGGGAAGCCGUGUCUGCCUCUUGCCAGGUGACCACCGUGGGGUUGUUUUGCUGCAGCAGACUGGGUGGCAGCCGGUGUGGGCCCCGGGCCGUAAGCAGGGUCGCACAGAUGGCGGGGAGUGAGGGCCCACCCGAACGACCUGACACCCCUGGUUCGACAUCAUCUGGAGGUGCUCUUGCCUCGUGGAAUGGGGCGUACCCAGAGAUGUCGUCCGGCAUGAGCUCUAGCCUCACAAGCAAUUGCUCGGCAGCAGAUCUGUCUGACCUGCCUCGGCGGAAUUUCGUUGUGGCCUACCACCGUAAAAUGAUGAGGCAAGACGUCUACUUCCUGUCAUCCCAGAAGACGCGGCCGACACUUUUUGGUCUUCCUCUGGUGCUGCCUUGUCAUGACGGCACUAGUAGACAGGACCUGUACAGGCUUGUAUGGACCCAGGUGGCCCGACUAGUCUCUCCACUGCCACCAUCCGAGUCUACUGUGCCCAACCAUGCACAGGACUGUGAUGAUAGCCUUGGAUACGAAUACCCGUUCACGUUGAAGGCUGUUCACAAAGAUGGAUUCAUGUGUGCCUGGUGUCCUUGGUACAAAUUUUGUCGUGGCUGCCCAAUCGACUGUGAUGAUGCGGACUUCAACUUCAGCUCUCUGUACCUGUCCAUUGAUUGGGAUCCAACUGCAUUGCACCUGAGGUACCAAGCUUCUCAGGAGAGGGUGUAUGUGGACCACCCAAGUGUAGAGCGAACACAACAGCAGAAAGUGGAACCCAUCAGCGUGCAUGACUGCUUGGCGGCUUUCACCAAAGAAGAGCAACUGGGUGAUCGUGAGAAGUACUACUGCUCGCGUUGCAAGCAGCAUCAACUGGCCACCAAGAAGCUGCAAAUAUACCGGCUGCCACCCAUAUUGAUCAUCCACCUGAAACGCUUCCAACUGCUCAAUGGAAAGUGGGUCAAGUCGCAGAAAAUUGUGCGUUUCCCCUUCAAAGAUUUCGACCCAACUGACUACCUGUCACCUGUGCCGCGCAAGGCGGCACUCAGCUUUCGACGCUACCAGCAGGCAGUGCCGCAGAAGGCCUCCUCCCCUCUAGUCAAGCGGCUGGCCCCUGAGCUGCCAUCACGGUCCAGCCUAGCAAGCCCAGUUCGCAGCCGGCCUGACGUCGCCGAACUGCGCUCCACUUCCGCUUUCUCUGCCGCCUCUCAGGCACAGGCAGCAUCAGGUGUCGCAGCAGUUGGCUCAUCACCUCACAAUGGUGCACCGCUGUUGAACGGUGACAUUGACACUGGCGGUGGUGGUGAGCCUCAAGACCAUCACAAGCAUCGGCUGCAUCCCGGGUACAGCCCGCUCGACCUCAAGUACCAGAUGUACGCCCUAGCAUGCCACACUGGCAUUCUGGGGGGAGGGCAUUAUGUCUCUUAUGCUUGCAAUCCAAACAACAAAUGGUACUGCUACAAUGACAGUAGUUGCAAGGAAGUUCAGCUGGAUCAAAUAGACUCUGACUCUGCAUAUAUGUUAUUCUAUGAGCGAGAAGGCAUCAACUAUGAGGCAUACAUGCCGAACACAGAAGGCAAAGUUCCCGACGCGAGGGACAUCGACGACGAGUUUGAAAGUGACUUCCGCAAAAUGUGCGUCUUGCAGUAGGCACUAGGUCGGCAAGGAUUGUUCCUUGCCUUCUUGCUCCCAGACUCACGUUGGUGUGAAAAUCUUUAAAAAAAAAAUUGACUCUAAAAAAUGCCAUGUUCAGGCAUGCCAUUCCUGUGGAAAAGACGACGCACUUGUACCAGGCUCGGAUUUGAUGAGCCCUCCCAUUUCUUGUGUUUGGCUCAAUUUGCAUCUUUGUGAAGUGGGUGGCACUAUAUUGCGUUUUAAACAAUAGUUGUGCUAUACCAACCCCAGCUUCCCAAUUUUCUAAAUGCCUUUAAAGCUCUCUGAACUCUGCAAUAUACACAUGUGCAUCAAGAUUUUCUUCUUUUUUUUUCCCUUCUGUACAAAGAAACGAGCGCGAGAUGUAGUAGAAUGCUUGCAGCUGUGCUGGUUCAUAAAGCUGACAGGAGUGUGUUGUGGUUGCAGACUUAAAUCAUGGCAGGAUUUACCUGUAAGCCAUCAUUGGGUGGACGAAAUGAAUCGUUUUUAUUUUGUGCACUUUCUUUUUCUCUUAAGCCAUUGCAGUCAGUGUCAAUGCAGAGGUAUAACUUGUGCCGCCACAAGGAGGAAAUGCUGCCACGGAAGUCAUGCUAGUUGUGUGCUAGGUCAAUUUUCUAAUCAAAAAAGUCAGUUUUCUGGUGUUUUUACAUUUUUUUUAGAAAGAGCAAAUGGCAAGGUUUAAUAUAAAGAGAAACGAAUGCUUAAUAAAUGUACAUAUAUAUAUACACACUACAUGAAGAUUAUACAUAAUUAUGCAUAUCUGUGCUGCCUGUUUUGAAGAGCCGGCCAUGGAAGUGCCCAUUAAUGUGAUAUGGCAGACCUUCUGUUUUUAUUGCGGCUUUCAUUAGUUUGUUGCUUGAAGAGAGGCUGUGCAGGUAUAGUCUAUUGUGAGUGAAGAUGGAAAAAGUAUUAAAAAUACUCGUUGCCAC